UUGCUAUCCGACAUUCGUCCCGUGCGGUUUAAGAUACAGAGCUACUCGUGUCCCCAAGAUAUAUGCGCGAGUGCCACUGAAAGCUGUGUGAAAUCGAGGAACUCAACCGAUACAUAUCCAAAAAGAAAUAAAUAUAUAUCACUGAAAUACUCAUAUACCAUAUCAAGUAUUUUAUUGUUGGCUAAUUAGGAGUGCAAAAAAGAAAUUUUUUGGCCAGCAACAUGUUUGCCCGUUGAAGCGCAUGCGCCUUAAAGUAUUCUAUGCUACGUGGGUGGUCGACGUGUUAAAGGACACAAACUCAAGUUAAAGGACAUUUCCCAGACGUCCUCGUAUUAUUCAACACAUUUUUAAACGCCAGCUAAGGUGCAGUGAAAAGUGGCAAGAGCGGUUAAGAAUUAACCGGAUAAUCACCGAAGAAUAUAGAAAAACAUAUCCCCAUCGUAACUCUGUAGCCCAACCGAAGUUUACAUAAUCCCGUCGAUAUGUCCACCGCGUCGUCGAGCAACUCCAGUGGCGAGGAGGCCAAGAAGCCCGGCUCCAACAAUGAGGAGAGCUCCCACCUGCUGGAAUCCGCCGAGAAUGGGGCCAAAUACGGCUCCAGACAAGCAAUUAAAAUCGUAAAGGCCGGCGAUAAUGGACGCACCAACUCCACCCCACAUGAUCAGGAGAAUCUACUCGGCAACAUGGUGCACACCUCGACGUCAAACAACUCGAAGAAACUGCCACAAAUCGUGGCAGCGUUGGCAGCAGCUGGAGGAGCCUUUGCCUGCGGUACUUUGUUGGGUUGGACAUCCCCGGCCCAAACGGCGAUCGUGGAUGAUCACAAGGGAUACGAUUUCGAUGUGGAUAAGACCCAGUUCUCAUGGGUGGGAUCUGCAAUGACCUUGGGUGCCGCCUGUGUGUGCAUUCCCAUUGGAAUCCUUAUCAAUCUGAUUGGACGCAAGUGGACCAUGAUGUUCCUUGUCCUGCCCUUCGUCAUUGGUUGGGCCAUGCUCAUCUGGGCGGCGAACGUGGGAAUGCUGUAUGCCUCGCGUUUCAUCCUUGGUAUUUCCGGAGGUGCUUUCUGCGUGACCGCACCCAUGUACACGGGUGAGAUCGCUGAGAAGGAUAUUCGCGGAACACUGGGCAGCUUCUUCCAGCUGAUGAUAACCAUUGGUAUCCUGUUCGUGUACGCCAUUGGAGCUGGCUUGGACAUCUUCUGGGUGAGCGUUGUCUGCGGCAUUCUGCCCCUCAUCUUUGGAGUCAUAUUUUUCUUCAUGCCGGAAUCGCCUACCUACUUGGUUUCCAAAGAUCGGUCGGAGAGCGCCAUCAAGUCCAUUCAAUGGCUGCGUGGCAAGGAGUACGACUAUGAGCCGGAGCUGGCGGAACUGCGUGAAACCGAUCGGGAAACCCAGGCGAACAAGGUCAACGUAUGGGCUGCUCUCAACCGUCCCGUCACCCGAAAGGCUUUGGCCAUCAGCAUGGGUCUUAUGUUCUUCCAGCAGGUUUGCGGCAUCAACGCUGUUAUUUUCUACUCGUCGAGAAUCUUUGAGGAAGCCAAUACUGGCAUCGGAGCUCAGUGGGCAACGAUCUUGAUCGGCAUCAUGCAGGUGGUGGCCACUUUCGUAUCCACCCUGGUGGUGGACAAGUUGGGCCGUCGCAUCCUGCUGCUGGCCUCUGGAGUUUCCAUGGCCGUGGCCACAACCGCCAUCGGCGUGUACUUCUAUCUGCAGAAACAGGACCCGGACCAGGUGACGAGCUUGGGAUGGCUGCCGGUGGCCAGCUUGUGCGUCUUCAUCAUCAUGUUCUCGAUGGGCUAUGGACCGGUGCCAUGGCUGAUGAUGGGCGAGCUGUUCGCCACCGACAUUAAGGGAUUCGCUGGAUCGCUGGCCGGAACCUCCAACUGGCUGCUGGCCUUUGUGGUGACCAAGACGUUCGAGGACUUGAACGACGGCCUGGGCAUCGGCGGAACCUUCUGGCUCUUUGCCGGUCUGACGGUUGUGGGAGUGAUCUUUGUUUUCUUCGCCGUCCCAGAGACGAAGGGCAAGAGUCUCAACGAGAUCCAGCAGGAGCUGGCUGGCAACCGAUCGAACCCACCAGCCAUCCCCGCCAACGGAGCGGAGAAGUAAGCGGCGGCAAUUAUCGCUCGAGGAGCCCAAAUCGCAAACCGGAAGCCGAAAUUCGGACCGGAAAUCACUGUUAACUCGCUGUUAAUUUAUGUUUGAUUUAGGUUCGCGUUAGGCACAAGACCCGUUGCGUUUUCGAUGGAUGAAUUUGUUUAUAGAAUUUAAUAUUCGUUUAGAUUUUCGGUUAGGCAUAGCGAGAGAUUCAGAUUGUAAAGAUGAAGAUGAGGAAAAUUGCAGCAAACUAUAACUAAGAGCGAAGACUGAAGGUCAACUGCAGAAAAGCCGCGAGAAAUGUUAAGCCACUGUUAACGCACUGUUAACCGGCCUGCUUUUGCAGCCAUAGAAAAGACAACAGCAAUGUAAGAAAAACAUAUAUACCUAUAUAUAUAUAUAUAUCCAUAUAAUGUAUGUAUGCUUAUUUAGUGUUAUUCAUUCAAUCAACGAAUUCUGUUUUACAAAAUUUUAAGGCAUAUUUGCAUUUGUUCAGGUUUUAAAAGUGUUUGCAAGCAUUUGUUCGAUAAUUCUUAAUCUAUAUGUACUAUAUGUAUGUCUAUGUAUAUGAUCUAUAUAGCUGGAUCUGUUUGUGUCUAAACUUCAAAGAGCAUUCAGUCGAUUCACUUAGCAUAGCCGUUUACGUUGUAAGCCACGCCUAUUGCCAAUUUAUUUAUUUACUCCGAUUUAGCGAGGUGUUUUUAUUUUAUAUAAUAAAUCUGAAAUUUACACCAUAAUUUUAAUAUUUUUACAACCGAUAUUUGAGUUUAUAUUCGCUGAAAGCUAUAAGAAAACCCCCCGUCUAUCAUUGUUAAACUUGCAUAUAGUAUUUACGAAAAAUAAAACUACCGAUACAAGUCAAAAAUA